UCAUGUGAUUAGGGGACUCCAAACAUUACAUAGGCCUUGGUUGAGGUUCCGUUUUCUUACUUUUAUUAAACCUGGACAGCUUCUCGGGAUAAUUCUUGUAAGCACUGAAGAUGGAACAGAAAAUUAUCCGGGUAGGGUCCAGGAAAAGUCAGCUGGCCAUGGUCCAGACCAACACAGUCAUAGAAAGCCUGUCUGCGGCGCACCCCGAGUUCUCCUUCCAAAUCGUUUCUAUGGAAACAAUUGGAGACAAGAUCCAGGAUGUUGCUUUACCAAAGAUUGGCAUCUCUGGGGUCUUCACCAAGGAGUUAGACGCGGCCCUUCUCCUGAAUCAUGUGGACAUUGUGGUCCAUUCCAUGAAAGACUGUCCAGCUCUGCUUCCUGACAAUCUGGUCAUUGGAUCCAUUAUCAAGCGAGACAGUCCUUAUGACGUUGUGGUGAUGAGCCUCAAAAACAAAGGAAAGACUCUAGCUGAUCUCCCAGAGGGCAGUGUUGUUGGGACGAGUUCUCUGCGACGUGUUGCUCAGGUGUCUCGGAUCCAUCCCCACCUUAAGUUUGAGAGUAUUAGAGGGAGUUUGAACUCUCGCCUUGAGAAGCUUGACGGAGGAGAUAAAUACGCCGCACUAAUCCUGGCGGAGGCCGGACUCUCUAGAAUGGGGUGGGAGGACAGGCUGUCUGAGAGAUUGGCAGAUAGUGGAUGUUUGUAUGCAGUAAGCCAGGGCGCCAUUGGGGUAGAGUGCCGUGCAGACGACAAACUGACUUUGUCUCUUCUGGACUCCAUUGCUGACAGAGAGACGAUGCUGCAGUGUGUCGCAGAAAGGUCCUUUAUUAGGAACUUGGGCGUAGGCUACAAAGCACCCGUCUGCGUUCAUUGUGAAAUCACACGUGAUGAGAUACACUUACGUGGUGCAGUGUACAGCCUGGAUGGACAUGAGACACAAGUUCUGGACACAAGGGCUCUUCUCCACCCCGACGGACAAAGAACCGGGAAAGGAGAGCAGGUGCCCGCUAGCAGCUCUUCCUUCAUGUCGAUAGCAGUGGGCACUUCCGCCACAAGAGAGGAGAUGGCUGUAGCUCAGCGUAUAGGGCUCAAAUUGGCCGAAGAAUUUCUCAAAUCGAAUGCCAAAGAUGUACUGAUGACCGCCAAGGUUUCUACCGAGAAUUCUAUACUCCAGGAGCGAUCGCGACGCGAGCUUGUGGCCUAAUUAAUUAAAGAAGGAAGCUCAUGAUCUAAUUAAGAUGCGGCCUUAUCAAUUACCAACGGGAGCUUGUACAAAAAAAGUGCCAUUCAGUUAACUGAAAUACGACUGAAAGUUUACUGAAUUGUGACUGAAUGACUAAGCUCUGCUAUUCAGUGACCUUUCUUGACCAUUCAGUCACCAUUCAGUGACCUUUCUUGACCAUUCAGUGACCUUUCUUGUCCUUUAAGUCACCAUUCAGUGACCUUUCUUGACCUUUCAGUCACAAUUCAAUGACCUUUCUUACCAUUCGGUCACCAUUCAGUGACCUUUCUUGACCAUUCAGUCACCAUUCAGUGACCUUUGUUUACCUUUCAGUCACUAUUCAGUUGACUAAAUGCAUGCAUGGUUAAGGUCUCCCAGAGGUUCCAAUUGUUCCAGUUGCAAGGACACCCCUUAACAAUCUAAAUGUGAUAUCAAAUCUACACAUGUGAUAUCCCUACUUAAAAUGAAGUUAUAUAUUAUAUAUUUGUUAAUCAAAAUUUGAUGAUCGAUAUCAAUAUUACGUAUUUGUUAAUCAAACUUUGCAUACAUUUAUUGUUUUUAUAGUAUUUAAAGUUAUUUGUUUAAAACAAAAUGUAUUAGAGUACAUGUAACUACACUGUAAAUCAGAUAGACUAGAGAGUAGUAAUAAAAUUUUGAAAAACGU